AUGGACAAUAUCGCCACCUUCUCCCUAGACAACGCCCCUUCCUACGAGAAGGUCCAACUGCAAGUCGACGGCGUCAGUCUCGAACUCUCCACGAUCUACAAAAAGGGCACUCGUCCACCGUUCGUCUUCCUGCACGGCUUCGGCUCCUCAAAAGAAGAGCUCCAUGACUUCGCCCAUCUCCCCCAUCUCAGCGAAUAUGGACUCCUUCUCUACGACGCCCCCGGCUGUGGCGACACAACCUGCUCCGACCUCAGCAAAGUGAACAUCCCAUUCCUGGUGAAAACCGCCAAAGCCCUUCUCGACACUACGGGCUUUGUGAAUAUCAAGGGCAAUCUUGCCCCGGAGGACUGCUUCCUCAGUCGCCAGGUCUUUCUCUUCCCCGCGGACGACGCGGAGGUGUUUUUCCAUGAGUUUACGGAGAGGGCGAGGCGGGCCCCCGCCUUCUCGAAUGCCAUCUAUGCGUCCAAUUUAACACGCAAGGUCAGUCCCCAUGUUACAUAUGGGAUUCUGUCGACCAUGGUCGAGAUCACCGAUAGUAAUGACUUGCUUUCCUUGUUUCUGGGUUUCUCUUUCCCCUGCAUGUUCAUGUAUGGCGUGCAGAAUGCUUCUUUGUCGUAUUUACCGAAGUUGAGCGAGGGUGCUGUCGAGUUGGCGGAGAUUCCGUAUAGUGGCCAUUUCCCUAUGUAUUCCAAUCCGCCCGAGAUGUUUAGGCGCGUUAAGGAGUUUUUGGAGAGGGUGGGUGCUUAG